AUGGUAAGCAUCCCAAAGACGCACAAAGCGGUCGCCACGCCCGCCAAACGCGCGCCCCUGAUCCUCCUCGACCGCGCCACCGAGGCCCCCGGUCCGGGCGAGGUCCUCAUCCACAACGAGUGGACCGCCUCCAGCCCGCUCGACCUCCACCGCGCCGACGGCGGCCUGCUCUGCACGUACCCGGAGGUGAUGGGCGGCGGGGCGGCCGGCACCGUCGUCGCGGUCGGCCCCGACGUCGAUCGUCUGCAGGUCGGCGACCAAGUCUUUGCGUUCGCGUUCCACCUGCCCCGCGAGAAGGCGCACCAGGAGUUCGCGACGGUGCCGGAAUACCUCGUCUCGAAGCUGCCGGGGAACGUGACGCCGCAGGAGGCCGUCACGGUGCCGACGAACCUGAUUACCGUGUUCCACGCGGCGACGGCGGAUCUGGGACUGGAACUGCCGUGGCCGAAGCCCGCGGGGUGGACGCCGCCGGGCGGGAAGGGCGUGGCGGCGGUGGUUGUGUGGGGGGCGGCGAGCAGCGUUGGGGUGUACGCGGUGCAGGUGCUGCGGCACUGGGGGUACGGGAACGUGAUUGCCGUUGCGAGCGAGAAGCACCAUGCCUACCUGAGGAGCAUCGGCGCGAGGGAGACGUUCAGCUACCGGGACAGCGAUGUGGCAAGGAAGAUUCUGGGGGUGGUGGGGGAGGAGGGGUUGCCGUAUGUGCUGGAUUGUAUUGGGUCUGUUGAGGGGACGCUGAGGCCGUUGACGAAGAUUGCGGGGAGGGGAACCAAGGUUGCGGUUAUGCUGCCUGUCAUCGUGCGAGAUGCGACGGAAGAGGUUGAGCCUGAGUAUGAGAUGGAUGUGAGCAAAGUGCUUGUCGGCGAGUGGGCUGCGGGUGUCGAGGUGAGGGGAGUCAGGACGCAUUUUUACCUGGAGAACGAGUUCUUCAAGGAGAAGAUGCAGAGAGAGAUCGUUCCCACGUUGCUUGAGGAGGGCAUCAUCAAGCCGAACAGGCAGAAGAUUGUCGAGGGCCCAACCAUGCUGGAGCGCGCUCAAAAGGCCAUCGAGCUUCUUCGAGCGAGAGAUCCCUCGGGUGAAAGGCUUGUAUGGAGGGUGUCAGACCUAAAGUUGUGA